AUGGCGAGUUGUAGCGGCUGUCAGGAGGCAUCGCGAGGCCCACGGCCGUCGCACCUCGAGGUCAGCGACCUGCUCGUCGCCCCGCACAGCCCCGGCAUCUCCAGCGAAGUGCGCUGCCUGGCGAGGCUGGCGGCGGCCAGCGGCCUUACCUGCGGAGUCACGCGGGGCAUCCUGCAGGUCUUCUGGCUCGCGGGGGGCAUCGGCGCGCACGUCUCCCUCGCCGGCCCGGUGGCCCUCCUGGGCGAGGAGCGUGAGAGCCCCGGGGCUCUCUUGUCGUCCGGGCCGGCAUCUGAUCGCUGGUCAUGCUUGCUGCAUGCGUGCUGGCGGCAUGGGACUGUACACUUCCGUCUCGCAGUUGCGUUGAUGACCAGGUCGUUCCUCACCCCGAUCGUCUUCUGCGUGGUACUCGUUGCGUGUGCUAGCACUCAUGCAGCCACGGGCGUCAUUCUCGCCCUCCACGACGGCGUCGGGGACCCCCUGCCGCAGAGCGAUAUCAACGAGGAGGAGCUUCAGACAUUCCCCUUUGAGCAGGGCUGCAGCGCUUGCACGGCAACCCGUAAGCCCCACAAGCGGACGGCCUCCGCGAAAACGGGGUCUGUCUGGGGCCAAAGGCCGCUGGGUCAGGCGCCGCCGAACUACGGCGGCGGCUUGCCUGGUGUCGGGCCGGGACUCCAGCGUGUCAGCUGA